AUGUAAAAACAAAGAAUGAUAGAAAAUGAAAAAGAUCUUUUUUGUUAAAAUAACCAUUCAUAACCUGUUUUAAUGAUUGAUUUAGAUCCUAGUUUAAUAUUAAAUUAAAAGCUUUUGUGUUAAGAAUGCAUUACAUUUAUGAAACAGAAAUCAAGCACUAUUGGAUUUUAGAAAGCUAUUGAAAUGAUUGAGAAAAAUCGUUAAGAAUUUUAGGAAUUCUUAGAAAAUAUGAUUAAUAUAGAAAUCAUAAAUGUUGAAUCAUUAAAAAAUCAAAUCAUCAACUUGAAGUCUUAACUAGUUUUAUAAUUAGAUCAAUUACUAAGAAAUACAAAGGAUUGGAUAGAUAACUUAUAAUCUAUAGUUUUAUAAUACUCAAAUUAUAGCUUCUUCAAAGAAUUAGAUUCAAUAAUACUAAAUUAAUAUUCAAUUAAAAAUGAUAAGUUAGAUUUAUCUAAUUAGAUUACAUCAUUAAACAAUGCUAGGAGCAAUAAAAGUAAACUUUGGUUAACAUAAUUCGAAAAAUUUCCAUAGUAUCAAAAUUGUAUUGAAAUAUUGAAUAGAAUAGAGGAAUCUUAAAAGUUAAUUCAAUAAUAAUUUUAAUUAAGUCCAAAAUAAUUAGAAUUUAUUAAUGAUUCUAAAGAAUAAAAAGAAAAAUGCAGAGCUAUUGCAUUUGAUCCAACAGGGAAAAUAAUGGUUUCAACAAGUGAUAAUGAGAUUAAAAUAUGGAAUUUUGAUCAUGGAUAAAUCACUUUAACAGAUACACUUGAAGGACACUAAGGGAAUGUUUAUUGUUUAAUAUAUAGUAAGUUUAAGAAUUGUUUUUUUUCUGGAUCUUAUGAUAAUUCAAUUAGAUUAUGGAAAUAAUUAGAUGGUAUUAAUAAAUGGUAAAGUUCUAAACCAUGCUAUCAACAUUAAGAUUUUAUCUAUUGUAUGACCAUAACAGAAAAAGAGGAUUAACUAGUUUCUGGUAGUAAUGAUACAUCAAUUAAAGUAUGGAGGGUAGAUUAUAAUAAUAAUGAAUUGUAAUUUCUCUAUUCUUUAGAAAAACAUACUACUCCUAUUGUGUCCUUAAGUUUAAAUUAAUCAGGAAAUGUAUUAGUUUCUUGUGGGUAUGAUGGGACAAUGAUAAUUUGGCAAAAAAGUAUUCAUGAUUAGUGGGAGUUUUAGUAGGUUGUUAUUAAUACAAUAUAAGAAUAAGGAAGGCAUGUUAAGUUUUUAAAAGAAAAUUAAUUCAUUUGGGUAGCAUAUAAGAGUAAUUAUGUUUGUGUAUUUGAAUAUACAAAUGGUGUUUAUUAAGAAAAUAAAGAGAAGAGAGUUUAAUUUAAAAAAGAUAAUAAAGGAUUAAUAAAUUGGGCAUUCUUCCCUAUUAUUUAUAAUAAAGAUAAAAAUCUUAUAUGUUUAAGACAUGUAUUCCAUAUUUGUAUACUCAAAGAACAAAAUGAUGGCAAAUUGAUAAGUAUUUAAGAAUUGGAUAAUUAAAAUUAAGGUUGUUAUGGAGCAAUAACAAGUAAUGGAUAAUAUUUAACAUAUUGGGGAGGCAAGAAUAGCAAAUAUGAAACUUAUGAAAUAUUAUAUUAAUGA